UAUUUUUCGAGAUCACGAUUAUUGAGCCGGUAAGCAGAUCACAGAGGCACGGAGGAACUAAGAAGCCAUUAGCACUUAACGAGGUAGAAAGUGGCGAAGGUGCCUUGAGCCGAAGGCAACGUCGCUCUCGCCACCUAGAGGCGCGAGUUCGACAGUUAGGCGGUCGACUCACCGCAGUCGCAUCACUGCCCACAAAGGCCGCAUUAGGUGGUCCUCGUCGCCGUGAUAGGCAUGGAAGCUCCCAGCCCGACCUGGAUUCCCAGGGAGAUCCCAAGCUUCAGUGUGUGAAUCUUCUUGUCGCUGGUUUGAGGGAGAUUGGAAGAGAGAAUGCCGCUUGCGCGAUUGGAAUUGAGAAACGAGUAUGGGCUCGGAGAUUCGGAGCUCUACCGUAACGCCGCAUCUGGAAAGGAGGGUGCGGAGGCGAUCCUCCAAGGAGUUUCAGUCUCGGGACUCGUUGGUAUUUUGCGGCUGCUCGGGGAUGUCGCCGAGUUUGGUGCAGAAAUUUUUCAUGACUUGCAUGAGCAAGUAAUAAUCACAGCUGCAAGAGGACAAAAAAUGCUUUCAAGGAUAAAAAAGAUAGAAGAGGCACUUCCAUCUAUUGAAGAUGCUAUUCAUAGAAAAGCAAGUUACAUAGAUCUAGUUUAUGAAAUUGGUUCUAGUUGGCAUGCUGAUCUUAGGAUCAUGGAUGGUCGCCUAUCUUAUGAUGAUUUACCACCAUUUAUAAUGGAGUCAUAUGAAGAAUGCCGGGAACCACCACGCUUGUACCUACUUGACAAAUAUGAUCGUGCUGGAACUGGAGCCUGUUUAAAGAGAUACUCGGAUCCAUCAUAUUUCAAGAGGGCAUGGGCAACCUCAGAACCAGAGAAAGCUCAACAAAUUCAAAAAGAAAAGAAACUUAAGAAAUUCAAGAGAAAAUUAUCACGAUUUAGAGAAGGAGAUGUUCAAGACCCAAUAUCUUCAUCUCAAUGUAAUAGUUUAGCGAGCAGUGAAAGAUUUGCACCACUAAGUAAUGAUGACCAAAGCUUGUCAGCUGAAAGUUCAUUGGUGUCCGAAAUGAGAUUAAAAUCUGAAGCUAUAAGUGCUCCCCAACUUCUGCAUACAAUGAACAAGUUGAACUUUACUGGACAUGUUUCAGAGACAAAUCAUUCAAUUUUACCUAAUGAUUUGGAUUGUGAUAGAUUAUCUGUUUCUAAUGUACAGAACAAUCAUGAUCAUCCCGGUUCUUCUCAGCUACAUAAUGAUGAACUUGUAUUUGAUGCGGAUGAUGAUUCUCAAUAUGAUUUCCCACAUUGGAAGGCUAAUUCACGGUCACCUUCUGUUAUAUGGGAUGAGAAAUCUGAAUUAGUGAAGGCUGCAGGUGUCAACUCUGAUGAUUCUUUUCAAGAUUCUAACUCUUUGGUUGUGAAUUCUGAAUCAUCAAAAGUUGAGGAACCUACUAGAACUAGAUCUUCGAACCAAGUAAAGCCCCUGCCAAUUAUUGCAGAUUUAUCCGGAUCAUCUUGUGAUCAAAAGCAAUUUGAGGAAAUUAAUGAGACAGACAAUUACGUAGACGCUCUUAAUACACUGGAAUCAGAGGCAGAAACAGAUUCCGAAUGCCAAACAAAAUGCAUGCAAAUUUUGUCUAACAUGGAGCAUCAGAAAAAUGAAUCUGGAGUUUCAGGUACGGUUCAAUAUGAUGGCUACGCUAAUAUUGAGGCUCCUAUGUCACUCCAUGAAUCCUCAAACGAGUACAGAUUGCCAAAUGUUACCUAUUUAGAUGUUUCAAGAAUGCCAGAACUUAUGCAGUCAUCCCGGGAAGCUGGCUUAUCUCCAGGCUCGCUGUAUGAUGAGAGACAACUUCUCAAAAAUAGUGUUCACACAAUGUUAAGAACAAAUGCUUUUCAAGGAACUGAUGAUGAUCAACCUCCUUGUUCUACUGAAUCCAUAUCAGGAACUAUGCUGAACAGUGAAACUGCAGCAGCAGCAACAUCGCAGAUUCAGAGUUCACCUCCGAUCAGUAUUUCGAGUAUUCCUUCCACAAAAUUAUGGACAAAUGGCACCCUUCUAGGACUUGAACCCUCAAAACCUGGUGAUGUUAGUCUCCCAAAUGGAACUGGGGAGAGGACUCGGUCUGAUAGUUUGGACAAUGGUGUGAAGUCAGAUAAACAAGUUAUGGUUAAUGGGAAGAUAUCAAAGCAAUCGAACUCAAUUGGCAAAGCGCAGGGUUUGCCUGAAUCUUUAAGCUUGGCGGAUCAGAGAAUUUUGAACAGCAAUCCAUUCUUGAGUAGGAAAUAUUUAUUUGAAGAAAAUAGUUCCGUAAAACAUUCCUCGGCAUACAUAGCACAUAAUGAUGAUGGCUUUGGCGCACAGCUUCAGCUGAAUUCUCAAGAACAAUCUGAAGCUCUUUCAUUAAGUGAUGAGAGUGGAGGAAGUCAAGUUGCGUCACCAAAUGUAUUAACUACUAGCAUUUGUCAAGUACAUCAAACAACAAAAAGUGCUUCUAGCAAGGAAUCUGAAUCAUGCAGUGCAUUUAGCGUUGCUUCACCAUCCAUGGAUUCUGUGCAGAACAGCAAAUUUUUGUCUCCCAGUUUUUCUGGAUUACCACAAAGAAAUCUUGUACGGUGUGUUAAAAUAAAACCAUCAGUUUCCCAUGCUAAAAGUUCCACCCGAUAUGAACUGGGAAUUGUUGACGAUGGUCAAUUAGGGGAUAAACCUCUUUCUGAUAAUCAAAGUAGAAGGCUAAAUGGAGUUGCAUCACAAACAUUCUACGAGGAGAAUCUUGCAUCGCAAACAUUCCAUGAGGUGAGUCUCAUAAAUAAAUCUGAUUAUGGAUCGUUGGAAAAGUCAAAUUCUUCUGGUUCUCUCUACUCUCGGAAUUCCUCCCCACCAUUGGAGCAUAUGAAGAUAUCAUUUCAUCCUUUGAAUAGUCUAGAGGCAUCUAAUCUUAAACUUGAACUACCUGAUGGCUGUAUAAACCAAAGGAUAGAUGGAACUGCGUUUUCUUCAUUCCGUUUGUUUCCAGGAUGCACUCUUCCUGAACAAGAUGGUGGGUCUGAAUCAGAUGACGACACCUUCUGUAAAUCAAACACAUAUUCAUCUGAGGAUCUCCUCAGUGCUCGCUCAGAUUCAAAUUCUGAGCUUUGGGAGCAAGAUGAUUUUCCUGGAAGUAGAACAAACGAACUGUCUGAUGAUUUACGGAGAAUUUCAUCAUCGACAGCAUCUAUUUCUAGCGGCAGUGGGUUUGAGCACAUGAACCAUUUGGAUCAAGAAAUUGGAUUGAAGGAUCUUUGUACUGGGAAUGAUACAGAUUCUUUUCAGCCUAGUUAUACUUCAAAUAUUCCCACUUUUGAAUCAUUACUAAAUCAAGAUGUAAAAUAUGAUUCAUUGUCAAUUAGUCCCAAUAAUGCUACAACGUUAACUCCAACUGAACUGCCACCACCACCACCUCUUCCUCCAAUACAGUGGAGAUUGGUGAGGUCUUCAUAUGAAGUACCAGAAGAUAACUAUUAUAAUAUUCGUCAAAUGGUUCACCAUUUUGAGGGCGCUCAGAAUCAAAGCCCACCUGCCCCUGCAGAAAUUGAAAGCAUUAUUCGAUGGCCAUUACCCCUUGCAAAAGAUGGGCAAUACAAGGAAAUGCAAGAUAAUCAGGUGGAUAGCCGUCUGCUGACACAUGAACUAGACAAUAGGGAGCAGAUUCUUCAUCUAAUCAGGGACACGGAAAUUCAGCACAAACUGAAACAACCUGAAGAAUCAAAGAGUCAAAUUGCUAGUAGUGAAGCGGUUGACGAUAAGGAAGAUCUACUACAUCAGAUAAGGACCAAGACAUUGAAUCUGCGACGCACAGCGACAUCAAGGUCAAGUUUUGUUGCACAGCCCACCCCUAAUAAUAGGGUCGCCGCAAUAUUGGAGAAGGCUAAUGCCAUACGCCAGGCAUGUGCAAGCAGCGAUGAGGACGACAGUGAUGAUUGGAGUGAUGGCUGACCUUUUGACCUUUCUCAAACUGCCAAUUACGAGUUCUUAUCUACUUCUGUAGACCGGCCAAAGGACAAAAUUCUUAUGAUGAAUUCCUUGCAGAUUUUGACAGGAGAAAUGAAAACAAAAAACCUUUAGAUAUGUAUAGAGAUUUGUGUUUUGUUGAUGGAAAACAAAUCUCAAUGCAUAUUUUAUGAAUAUUUUCAUUCCUCUCCACAAAUUCAUUGAGGAAUUUCUCAUAGAAGUUUUUGUCCUCAUACAUAUUUGGCUUUGCAUGGCAGUUCCAUAAAUUAUGUGAAUAGUGCAAGUUCUUGUUUCUGCAGAUAUAGUAGGCAUUCCAUUUGUUAUAUAUUUCUGAUGAGUAGUUUAUUUCUAUUGUUAUUGAUUUAAGUUGUACUGAGAAGAAUUAAUUCGUAUCAAUGUAAUAUAUAUCUUUUUCUUUCCCA